AUGACCAAAACAAAAGACUGGAAUGCAACCCAAUAUCUCAAGUUCGAGGAUGAACGCACCCUACCACCACGCGACCUCCUCGCAAGGGUGCCCCUACCAUCACCAAAGAGGAUAAUCGACCUGGGCUGCGGCCCAGGAAAUUCAACAUCAGUCUUGGCCAGACGCUACCCAGACGCAAAGAUUACAGCCUUAGAUGCUUCACCGGACAUGAUCAAAAAGGCGCAGACUGUCCUCCCAGAGCGAGACUUCCAUGUCGCAGAUCUGACGACGUACAGGCCGGAGGCAGGCGAUGCUGUCGACCUCUUCUUCUCCAGUGCUGUGUUCCAUUGGUUGACUGCAGACGACCGGAUCGCGGUGAUCAAGCGGCUUCUAAAGCCACAGACUCCAGGCUCUGUCUUUGCUAUUCAGAUGCCGAAUAACCUGAAUGAGCCGAUGCAUGCGUUGAUGCGUGAGACGGCGGUGAAGGGUCCCUGGGCUAGGAAGUUGACUGGGGUGCAGAGGAAUGAGCUCGAGCCUGUACAGGUGAUGCAUGAUCGGCUGAAGCUGUUUUGUGCAAAGGUCGAUGUUUGGGAGACGAUUUACUAUCAUUCGGUUGAGGGGCCUGAGGCUGUCGUUGAGUGGGCGAAAGGGGCUGGGUUGAAGCCGUUUGUGGAUUUGUUGGAGGGUGACGAGCGGGAGGCGUUUCUGGAGGCAUACUUGGUGAAGAUCAAAAAGGCGUAUCCUGUCUCUGUUGAUGGGAGGGUGUUAUUGAGAUAUCCGCGGUUGUUUUUGGUUGCUGUGAAGUGA